AUGUCGCGAGCAGCUGAAGCAGCUAUGGCUGCUAGCUAUAAGAGCUUAAAGGAGAAUUUCGUGUCAAACUUGACAGGCGGAGGGCUUGGAGAGAUCAAUAUGGUCACUGCUGUCGCUCCAAUCGCAAUUAUUCUCUGGUCGACUUUACAAACCAGGCAGUCUUUCUUUGCUUCGUAUACCCGAAUCGCUUUCGCUGUUGAUUUUCUUCUCAAUGUCGGGACUAUUCUUCUCGCGAUCUCUCUCUAUGCAGAUAUGCCCCUCGUAUUAAAUCUCCUACUACUUGCGCCAGUUAUCCUACUAUAUGCCAUCCCGCCACAGAAAGCUACACAAACGACUACACAAAAGAAACCAAGGAUACCGCAGUCGAAAACAAAAACUUCGGACCAAUUAAACCCUCUUCCGAAGAAAUCUUUCCUUACCAUCUACAGAGGGGCAAUGAUGGUUAUUACUUGCCUGGCUAUACUAGCUGUCGAUUUUAAGAUUUUCCCACGGAGGUUUGCCAAGGCAGAAAAUUGGGGGACAUCGUUGAUGGAUCUCGGGGUAGGCUCUUUCGUAUUCUCAGGUGGUCUUGUAGGGGCCCGACCAAUACUCAGAGAACAAUCUGCUGCCCGAAAGUCGAAACUCAGCACACGCUUAUUCAACUCGUUGCGCCAUGCACUACCCUUGAUUGUUUUGGGAACCAUACGAUUAUACAGUGUCAAAGGGCUAGACUAUGCGGAGCAUGUCACCGAGUAUGGAGUGCAUUGGAAUUUCUUUUUCACCCUUGCGUUCAUUCCUCCAUUUGUGGCGAUAUUUCAAUCUGCGUUCCAGCUCAUCCCGUCAUACGCCCUGUUGGCAAUAAUCCUCGGCUCUUUGUAUCAAGUUGCCCUCGAAUACACCAACCUCAAAGCUUUCAUACUCACAGCCCCAAGAACAGAUUUAUUCUCGAAGAAUCGUGAAGGAAUCUUUAGCUUUUUUGGCUACCUCGCGAUAUUUCUGGCCGGUCAAGCAACUGGGAUGUUCGUAUUACCACGCAAUGCAAUGCCUACCGGCAGCCCAUUAGCUCAGAGAAGACGUCUCUUGAUAUUAAUGGGCACAUGGUCAGGAGUGUGGAUUAUGCUCUACAUGUUCACGACAAACUAUAAAUAUGGAUUAGCUUUAAGGGUGUCGCGCCGUCUUGCGAACCUUCCGUAUUUCCUAUGGGUUUCAGCUUUCAACUGCUCACAAUUGACUGCAUUCUGUUUGGUAGAGACACUGUUCUCCCCAGCUGCUCACAAAAGCCCGAAUGCGAAGACAGAAAAAGAGAACUAUGAACUCUCAACAAGUAGAAUUCUUGAAGCGUUCAACAGAAACGGUCUGGCAAUUUUCUUGGCUGCAAACUUACUCACAGGACUUAUCAACCUGACCAUCCCAACUUUGUUUGUCAGCAAUCUCCAAGCUAUGGGAAUAUUACUACUUUAUGCCUCUGCUCUGACGGGAGUUGCAGUAGGUUUGGAUGUAUACGACAUAUCCAUCAAAAUGUAA